GGCGGACCAGCUGAACUUUUAUUGAACGUACAUUUAUUCMUGAAAAACUUAGAUUUUUCUUAAUCUUUGCGACAAAAUUAGUAUUUUUAAAUUAGUAAUUUGUUUUUAAGUAAUUUAUCGCUUCAAAUAUGGAUUCUGCUCAAGAACAGAUUCUCGUCGAGCCAUAUCAAUAUAUUUUGCAAGUUCCUGGGAAACAAGUCAGAGAAAAGCUUAUUCAAGCGUUCAAUAUCUGGCUAAAAAUACCUGAUGAAAAGCUGGUGAUCAUUUCUGAUGUUGUGAAAAUGUUGCAUAAUUCAAGUUUAAUGAUUGAUGACAUCGAAGAUAAUUCAAAGCUUAGAAGAGGAAUUCCAGUUACCCACAAUAUAUUUGGUGUUGCUCAAACCAUCAACAGUGCAAACUACAUUUAUUUCAAAGCACUUGAAAAGGUUUUAUCRUUAGAUCAUCCUGGAUGCAUUAAGGUUUUUACAGAAGAGUUAUUAGAGCUACAUCGUGGUCAGGGUAUGGAUAUCUACUGGCGAGAUUCCUUUACUUGYCCCACAGAGGAAGAAUAUAAAGAGAUGGUUAGAAAAAAAACUGGUGGUUUGUUUCGAGUUGCUGUCAGGUUGAUGCAGCUGUUCAGUGAGAAUACAAGUGACUUUUGCCCUCUUCUUGAUACGCUGAGUUUAUUCUUCCAAAUYCGGGAUGAUUAUGCUAAUUUGCUAUCAGAUGAGUACAAAGAAAACAAAAGUUACUGUGAAGAUUUAACAGAGGGCAAGUUUUCAUUUCCCAUUAUUCAUGGAAUAAGACAAGAUCCCAGCAGCACUAAGAUUAUGAAUAUUUUAAAGCAACACACAGAAGAUGUUGAUGUGAAGAAGUAUUGUGUGGACUGUCUUGAACAGUGUGGCUCAUUUAUUUAUACAAAGACUGUGCUCAAAGAAUUCGAACAAAGAGCUUUACAGCUUAUAYGUGAACUUGGAGGAAAUGAUGAUCUUACCGGUGUGGUAAAACAUCUUAGUAAACUCUAUUCUCAGUGA